GCACAGGUGGGUGGCACUGGUGGGCACAGGUGGGUGGCACUGGUGGGUGGGCACAGGUGGGUGGGCACAGGUGGGGCACUGCUGGGCACAUGUAGGUGGCACUUCUGGGCACAGGUAGGUGGCACUGCAGAAUGGCACAGGUGGGGGCACUGCUGGGCAAGGUGGGGGCACUGCUGGGCACAGGUGGGGGCACUGCUGGGAAUGGGUGGGCGGGGCUAGUGGGCGCACUGCUCGGAACUUGCGGGUGUCACUGCUGGGCACCGAUCAUCAGGGCACUGAUCAGUGGCACAUCACGUGAUCAGCUGUGU